UCCCAUGCCCAAGGCCUCACGCUAAAGACUGUCGCGUCUCGGGCACAACCGAGGCGGGCUAGCCUCAAAUCGGGUUGAGAACGUGACUCUAUUUCCUGGGCGCUUCGAUGCUUUUUUCGUCUCCUUUGUUUUCUGUUUUGACCUUCCCAGGCCGUCAUCCGGCACCGCACCACGUGCAUCUUGUCUUGCCGCACGUGCGGGCUACCCGCGGUGCCCACCCAAUAUCAGACUUGGCACUGAGCCAGCGCGAGAGUUACGGGCCGACGAGACAAUGGCGGUCACCGCCCGCCCGUCGUGGCGGCCGUUCCCGGUGUCGCACCGCAGCAUUCCCAACCUGCUGGUGUCGGCCUCGUUCAGCACGACGCCGGUAUCGUACUCGGUACACAUCACGGACCUCGCCAACGUCUGGCGCGAGAGCCUGGACCGCAAGGCCAUCCUGCUCCGCUGCCUGCAGGAGAACACCAGCAUCGACCCCAGCGACGACCCGGAGAACUUCAAGGAGCUGCUGCGCUGGAUCGAGGCCGCCUUCGACCCGGACUCCCCGAACCACGCCGACACGGCCCUCGCCCUAUCGUCCACCGGCCCGAACGACGGCGCCGCGCCCGCGGACCUCCUGCUCGAGGUCACCUGCGUCCUGCCCGCCGGCUUCAGGCCCCUCAAGUGGCCCGUCCGCCUCAGGCACGGCGGCGCCGCGGCGCUCGUGGCGGACCUGGUCCUGCCCUUGGUGCAGGCCCACCUGACGCGCUCGCAGGAGGUCGAGGCGCUGCUCGGGGUCGUCCGCGAGAAGGACGGGGUCAUAUCGCGCGUCGUCGACAAGCUCGAGAGCACGGGCGCGCGCAUGGAGCACGUCUUUAGCGCGCUCGUCAACACGGGCAAGAAGAAGAUCACGCGCGCCGUCGCCGAGGCCCGCGUCAAGGGCCUGGCGCCCUUUGACGCGGCUGGCUUCAAGAGGAAGUUCAGGGGUGGCGGCGUCGGCGACGACGACGCGCACGACGGCGAGGAGGACGGGCCGGGGAACAGCCGCAUAAAGGGGCCCGUCCCGGCGCGCGACGUCAAGGAUCUGAUGGACAACGUCUUCGAGCCGGCUCUCCAGCGUCAUCCUUCUCUGGAGUAUCCGGAGUGGCCCGCGCUCGACAACUGGUGGAGCGAGAUACAGGAGGGAUCCGGGGAUAAGGUCCGGCUCGUGCAGAGAAAUAGGGUCUCCUCUUCGAGAAAAACGCCACCUCCGAGCGAACGGCGUCGGAGCGGGGACGACGACGACGACGACGACUUCGAGGUUCAGGCAACACCCCCGCACCUGCUGUCUGCCCGCAGGGCAGAGCAGGCCAAGAAACAAGCGCCGCCAUCCGUCAACGACGACGAGUCCACAGACAGCGGGGGCGAGGGCAAUACCCAGAUCCCCGACAGCAACCCGCCGCCCAAGAUCACUACACCGACAAAGUCGAAGAAACGCAUGGGGGCCAUUGGAAGAGGAAAGGAGCCCGAGCGCGAGCCCGACCCAGAGGCCGAGACGGCAUCGGAAGGCGAGGCAGCGGAAGCGCCUCGCCCUCGUGCCGAGGCGGUUGCUAUGAAGGAUGGCGCCGGGUCAGAAACGGCCUCGGACGCCGACGAGCCGGUGGUGGUGGACCUGUCUUCCCCAAAGCCAAAACCGGCCCGGGGGAGGAUGGGCCGGAUCGGCGCCGCGGUCAAGGCGAGCGAAAAGGCCCCGCCGGCGGCCGAGGACAAGCCCCCGGAGUCGUCAAACACGGCCACCGCCGAGGAGGACGACGGGUCCGCCGCCGCGGCCAAGGCGCGCCCCGCCAGGAGGAUGGGCAAGAUCGGCAAGGCCGCCGCGGGCGGCACGAAGCAAGGGGGGACGGAGAAGACGUCGGCGACGACAGCGGCACCGGGAGACGUGGGAGGUCGGCUAAAGCCAGGGCGUCGGAAGAGCCCGCUGCUCCGCCGCCGAAGCGCGAGACGUCGGAGGAGCGUGCAGCACGGCGACACCAGGAGCUCCAGGAGCAGCUUGCAAAGAAGGCCGCGGCGGGCCCUGUCAAGAAGAAGAGGAAGUUUUGAGGAUGUCGUUGAAGUUUUGCAUCACUAGCGUUGUCAUGUCACGUUUACGAGUUUGGCACUUUGCUUCCCCAUAGCCACCUACCAUCUCUCUGGUAUAGUAGAGCGAUUUCCAUGAAUUCUUUCUCCAGCGACACUCCUGCCAUCUCCUUGGGUCAAGUCGCCGCGCAGUCUCAUUGGGAUGAGCCUCCAACAUGGUUGCACACAAUUUGGCGGGGCGGGACAGCACUUAGCCUUUUGAAACACACCCACUGCUCCGACUUCCCGCCAUGGUGUCACCGCUACGAACGUCAUCUGUUGUGACGACUUGGUGACAGGUGAAGAAGCUGAGGCCUGACGGCCGUUUGUUCAGGGUUUGGCAGGUACCUCAGUGGGCAGAGGCAUUUUUGCUUUCAGGCAAUACAACGUCACGAGAACAACGAGAGAGACAGGUGACGAAGCGGCCCGGGAGCCCGGCCCGGAUGGCACAAUGCGCAUCAGGCCGAGAAAAUGCCGACCACACACGCACUCAGUGGUAGCGUCCAGAGCGAUCGGAGCCGCCCGGACACUCCUGUCACAAAACUGACAAGUCCGCCCGCGUGGUCCUACGCUGCUGACACAUGCCGCAAAGUUUCUUUCAAGCGCCUGGCGGCGGCGGUUGGCGGGGGGUAGGCGGUGGUCAUUCUGCAGGCAACGAGUGCCGAGCCGUCUUGGAAACGCGGGGGAGAAAGCCGUCUAAGACCUACAUAGGUUUUCCGCGACGGCGAACGGGAAUGGCGAGCUUUGGUCCACGUUAAGGCCUGCCUGGUUUGGGAUCGCGGGGUUGCGGGUUGCGGGUUGCGGGUUGUGGAGGGAAGUCGACGAUUGUCUUGAUUGAGUGGUGACGGAAGACUGCCGCCCGCGUUUUGGCGCACUGCAUGGCGCCAGCAGGUUGGGACUCUCGGAGCCGAAAAAGGAUCAGGCGGAGGCGUGGUCCGAGGAGGGAGCGGGGAAAGGCCCGGGCUGGCGUCCAAGGGCAGCACGGGGUCGGUAGAGGGGUGGGAAAGGUGAGGAUGAGAAGAUGGCACGGGCACGUGGGGGAAUGCUUCGGGGCGUGGUCACUGAUGUCGGUUAUCUAGAUUUUGUCUGAGGUUAUCGUGGGCGGUUGAGAAAGCGCAAGGCCAAGACAGUCGAGAUGGAGAUGGCAGGGUUGAUGGCAUGACAGGAGGCCCCUGGCUGGCAAACACGAGACGGGGCCCCAAAAGCUCAAAAAGCUGGGCAGGAACCCGGCUCAGUCGCUUCCCCACGGCCACGGCUGGAUCCUUGGCGGCGCUGCGGGUCAGCUCGUGUUGUCAGUUAUCGCACCAAUUAUAGCACAAACUGUGGCCCUGUUCCCACCCACCAGCCAAUCCCGCUGGCCGCCAGCAGUCGGGCGCCAAUUGGGAGACACCAGCGCCGGGUUGCUGCUCUCCUGGCCAACGGAACAGCAUCGCCGAGGAAAAAGGGGGCAGGG